UAAAAAAAAAAAAAAAAAAAAAAAAAAAAAUAAUAAAAAACUCAAAUGUUGUCAGACAGUGAUGGCACUUUUUUCACGCGUUUUAUACUUGUCCAUCAAAAUGUAUGGAUCUAUCUUAUUUUGACAGUAACGGUUCAUUUUGACAACUUUAAUACUCACCUCGAUUCUGUGAACUAUUCAGAAUUUUUCAUUUUUGUGCUCUUCCCUUUUUUUCCCCUCGCCCCUCACCUCAUUGAUUCUAUCUGAUGGAUAAUAUGACUCUCGCUUAUCAGCAGUCUGAUGAAGAUACACUGGCCUCUAGAUCAUCGUUCAACGGGAAAGAGGUUGUAUUCAAGACCGAGGAAAUAGGCAAAGACAGCUUCUCGGUCCACAGUGGUUCUGUUUGUACAGCACCUCUAUCUCUAUCACCUUCAGCGACAGACUUUAAUCAUUUAUGGGAGACGUAUGCUUCUUCCACCGCUAACUAUGGUAUCGCUCUUCAUCCGUCCAUCAGCAGCAGCCAUCACAGUAUGAUGGAGCCGAUGGUACCCGAGGAUCACUACCAACUCUUCGGUCCUAGUACGGCUACCCUCAGCAACAUGGUGAAUAUGACAAGUAACGAUGCGAAUAGUUUGAUCAGUGAAGAGUCCUCUGUCACCACCACCACCACCUCUUAUUCCUCUACCUCUUCUUCCUCCAUACAUUUGUUUGGAUCCAAUACGUACGCUCAUUCAGACUCUCCUCCUUUGACAAAGGACACUCCCUCGGCUUCCGUCAUCAGCUCACACUGUCUAUCGCCGGCAUCUUAUCACCCUUCCUCCUCUUUAUCAAGCUUAACGGCCACUCUUCAAUCACACGAUGAAGCAUACAAACUGCAGCCUCAUGGGCCUACUCUACCGGGGAAGCUCAGCUUCUUUUUAUGUCAUCAAACAUCUACCUCUCUUCCUACGGCGAGCACUACACUUAGAUCCGCCAACACCACCCUCUUAAGUCAGCACCAGGCUCUGUCCGCCGUCUUGAAUGGAGAUCAGAGCGGCAGCGGUACAGACGAUCCUCAUGCAGCAGCAGCAGCAGCAGCAGCAGUUUCUGGAGACCAUCACAAGCUUGCAGCAGAGCAUCAAGACAUUCAUUCCAUCAUGUAUCACCAGCAUUUAAUUCCCGCUAACACCACAUUGGACUGUAUUUCACCUGAACAUACCUUCCUCUCUCCGCCCGCACCUGCAUCGUCGUCUUGUAGUACGACGAUCGCUCAAACGAGUCAUUUCCAUUCUUCUCGCCUUCUGUCUGUAAAGAACCACCCUCCACCCUCACCCAACCCACCACCACCACCUCCUCCUCCUCCUCCUUAUGAAACCGAUGACGGCAGUAGCUCAGACAGUGACCUUGCCCAUUCCUCCAAGAACCCAUCCACCCCUCUUUUCACCAAGAAUCCUACCAUUGUUCGCCAGCAAUUGAUGGCCUCAAGAAUCAAGAAAAAAGCAACCCUGCAGCUGAAAGCACCUGGAACGUCUAGUAGACAAAAGGUGCCCAGCCAGCAAAAACACCAGAGCAGCAAGAAGAAGAGACCUUACAGUGAAAUGGCAACAAAACCGUCCGAUGAAUCCAAUAACUAUCCAGGCGUCCUCCUUCAUCCAUGUCGGCAACAGCAAGAAGAAGAGGACAACAACAACAACAACAACGACGACAACGAUGAGGAAAAAUGCCCUAGAAAGAAAAAAAAGACAACACAGAUUUGUCCAACGGCAUCCACCACGGUUUUAGAGGAAGCAGAAGAGUUCGAAGCAGCAAAGAAAACAAGAAGAACGACAACGUCCUAUGACAGUGAGACGACGUUCUAUUUAAAGUCUAUUUUUUUCGAAGUGUUUAGUCAAGGCCUGGCUGUCAACACCACAACGCAUUCCAGCAGCCAUAGUAGUCGCUCUGUCAUGACCAGUAAUGUUCAUAAUUUGACCACAAGCAAAUUAACAAAAGAACAAAGGAGAGAAAUCCAUAGAAAGACAGGGUUGCCUUCUCGCAAUAUCACUUAUUGGUUCUCUAACCAUAAACGCCGUUUUGCUCCCAUGUUGAAGGUGUACAAGAAAUGCAUGGAACUCAAUAAGGACUUGAAAACUUACAAGGACUUUGUUCAAUACCGCAGAAAGCAUCGCUUGCCUGAUCAAAUCUCGCCGUUGGAAGUCUUGGAAUACGAAGCCAAGUAUGAACAGCCUAAAUGACAGUCCAAACCGCUCCAUGUCCGAAUGGCAAGAACCCCAUUUAAACUAUACAUUAACUAUGCGUUUAUUAUCACCCUACUUAGAAGUAUCUCUUAGAAAGCCAUGUUUCUCUUUUUUUUCUUUUUUUCUCUCUCCCAUUGCUUGUUUUUGCUGCUUGAAAAGACUCACAAAACCACCCAAUAUCAUGUUAUUAUUUGCUUAGACCAAUCAUCUUCACUCUUUAUUGAAAAGAAGAAAGUUUUUAUGAAUAAAUCUUC